UUGAACUUCAUUACCAACUCAUGGUGAAUUCAAACUCAGCCGUUAACAUACUCGAAGUGGUCCAAGUUAGUCCACCACCUUCUAACUCUCUCACACUCCCACUCACUUACUUCGACUUAGGUUGGCUUAAACUCCACCCUGUGGACCGUGUUAUCUUCUACCACGUCCCUGACCUGACUCGCUCUUCUCUCAUCCCUAAACUCAAGUCCUCUCUAUCUGCAACCCUCCUCCACUAUCUCCCACUCGCCGGCCGCCUCGUGUGGGACUCGAUCGACACCAAACCGUCCAUUGUCUACUCUCCUGAUGAAAAAGAUGCCGUGCACAUCACGGUAGCUGAAUCUAACGGUGAUCUGUCACGUCUCGCCGGAGAUGAACCUCGUCCGGCCAUAGAGUUUCAUCCUUUAGUCCCUGAGUUAGGGAUUUCCGACGAAUCAGCUCGCGUUCUCGCCGUUCAGGUAACGUUCUUCCCCAACCAAGGCUUUUGUCUUGGCGUAACCGCACAUCAUGCUGUUCUAGACGGGAAAACAACAGCCAUGUUUCUCAAAGCAUGGGCUCACAACUGUAAACAAGAACAAGAACCUCUUCCUGGUGAUCUAGUCCCUUCUUUUGAUCGAACCAUUGUCCAAGACCCAACAGGAAUGGAGACAAAACUCUUAAGCCGGUGGAUCUCAGCUUCUAACAACAAACCAAGCUUAAAACUGUUUCCAUCUAAAGCCAUCGGACAAGACAUUAUCCGAGUCACGUACAGGUUAACUCAAGAAAACAUAAAAAAGCUACGUGAUGUAGUCAAGACCAAGUCAUUGUCUCAAGACCUACGUUUAUCUACUUUUGUCAUCACUUACGGUUACGUUAUAACAUGCAUGGUAAAGAUGCAUGGAGGUGACCCGACCCGGUUCUUGUGUAUUGGUUUUGCAUCAGACUUCCGGUCACGGUUAAACCCUCCGUUACCGUCGACGUUCUUUGGAAACUGCAUUGUCGGGUCAGGAGAUUUUGACGUGAAGGCAGAACCAAUCUUGGAAGAAGGGUUAAUCUCGGCCGUGGAGAGUUUGACCGUAUGGGUCAACGGGUUGUGUCCGGAGAAUAUAGAGAAGAAUAUGCUUUUACCGUUUGAGGCGUUUAAGAGGAUGGAACCGGGUAGACAGAUGAUUUCGGUUGCCGGGUCAACCCGGUUAGGGAUAUAUGGGUCGGAUUUUGGGUGGGGAAAACCGGUUAAAGUAGAGAUAGUGACUAUUGAUAAAGAUGCUUCGGUUUCGUUGUCGGAGAGUGGAGAUGGAAGUGGUGGUGUUGAGAUUGGUGUUUGUUUGAAGAAAGAUGACGUGGAACGUUUUGGUUCGUUAUUUUCUAGUGGGUUGGAAUAAAAAAGAAAUGUAUCAAUUUGGUUCAAUUUAUGUUUUGGUCAAAUUACUCAAUUUUAAGAUUUAAUUACUAAUAAGUUUCUCAAUC